GUUCCAGUACACGUCCUUACUCCGGGUACACAUAUUCUACUGAUCCUUUUAGUUCUCCGUCCACGUCCAGGAUACACACCUGUACCAACCUUUAUUCCAUUCUACAUUCAGAUAUAACGAAGAAAAAAUGUUUAAGAGUUCCUUAGCUUUUAUCUUUGUUCUCUUUACUCUAGUUGAGUUCGGAGCUACUCAGCCUCAGGAAAGGAUGAGGGUGAAGUAUAGAAUAAAGUCUGGAGGGGGGAAGAGAAUCGUGGAUAAAGCAGUAGCAGAGGCUGUUCCUGUUGUUGAAGGAGGGUUCCAGGAGGGAUCUUUUCCUGAUGUUCUAGAAGAGAGACAGUUGAAAGAGUUUGAAGUGAACUCGAACCAGAUUCAAGGUUCGGAGUCAUUGCUCCAGGAGGAGGAGGAGAAACUCAUGGUUCCAGCAAACAUGGAGGAUAUGUCACAAGACGAGUUUGCUGAGACUGUUGUAGGUAUGGGAGAAGAACUACAGGAAGGACUAGGAGAUAUAUUUGGAAAGUAUGGAACCACUGUCGUGGAAAUUGCUCAGGGUAUAAAUAGAGCUGCAAGAUUUAAUGAAAGAAGUGUUGGAGAUAUUAUGGCUGAUGUUGUGAAGGAGGUUGUUGCUGAGGUUAUCGGUGGUGUUAUGAGCAAAGCUUUCGGGAUAGGAACAGCCAGGGAGGGUGGUGAAGGUUUGAUUGAAAUUAUUCUCGGAGCUAUUUCUCGAUCUGGUCAACCUAAAUCUUGCUAGUUACACUGUACACAUCAGCCAUACACAACUCGUUCUAGUCGUAAUCAAUUUAUUAUUUAUAUUUUGUAUCGAGCCAUCACGAAACAAACCUGACUAGUUCAAAAUGGCACAGGUUUUACACGGAGAUGACGACAUGAAAAGUUACAUUGUUUAAAUAUUUAUUUUUAUAAUCAAUAAACAUAUUUGUUGAAUCUG